AUAACCCUAGCGCUUCUAUAUUAGGGGUACAAAAUCCUACUCGCCGCUGCUAAUCCCCGUCGCCGCUUCUUCGUCUCCUUCAAGGUAGGGUUUCGUUCGUGAUCCGCCGCACCAAUGGCUCCCAAAGAUAAAGCCACCAAGAAAGUUGAUUCCAAGGCUCAGGCCGAAAAGGUGGCCAAGGCUGUGAAAGGAACUGUCUUUAAGAAGAAGGCUAAGAACAUCCGCACUAAGGUCACUUUCCAUAGGCCGAAGACAUUGAAAUUGGAUAGGAACCCAAAAUACCCUCGCAUUAGUGCUCCGGGAAGGAACAAGUUGGACCACUACCAAAUUCUCAAGUUUCCGUUGACCACCGAGUCAGCAAUGAAGAAGAUUGAGGAUAACAACACAUUGGUCUUCAUUGUUGAUAUCCGAGCUGAUAAGAAGAAGAUUAAGGAUGCCGUAAGCAAGAUGUAUGGCAUCCAGACGAAGAAAGUGAACACCCUAAUCAGGCCGGAUGGAACCAAGAAGGCAUAUGUUCGGCUCACCCCCGACUUUGAUGCACUGGAUGUGGCAAACAAGAUUGGGAUCCUUUAAGCUGAAUAUCAUGUUUUUUUUGUUCAGACAUUUUGUUUACAAUUUUGUUAUUGUUUGUCAUGGGUAGUUUUGAAUUACUAAUGUUCAGAGAUUCUCUCAAUGUUGUUGGACUAGAUUUUUAUAUCGAUGCCUGCUAUGGUCUGCUAUGCAGCUGAGAAAUUCCAAUUAGUGUCAAUCUUUUACAUCUUUUCACAUUUGGUGUGGUAAAUUUCUGGAAAUUGUUCUUUAAAAAAUUAUUACCAGGGUAAUUUUUUCCGCUCAAUAUAAUGAGAUAAGAAAGACUGAUUCUACAU